UAAAUAAGCUGCCAUUCGUCCCUUCAAAAUUUCAUUCGCCCCCACCCUUUUUCCUUCUUUUCUUUCUUGCAAGUUGAAGUCAUAAUCUGGCGAAGUAACAGGGAAAUUUCUUGCAUCUCAUGGAUAGGACUGAAUCUCCCUUCAUUGGCAGCAGGCAACUAUAUAAAUACCAUGCAAGCUAUAAUUAUUAUGACAUAAAAUGGCACGUUUAGUGUUGUUGUGGUGUUUCUUUAUUUUCACUGCAACUUCUGUCAACCUCGUAUGCAGCCGUAGUCCGCAAAAAUACCAUACCGCCUUGUUUGUCUUUGGGGAUUCGCUGUAUGAUCCUGGAAACAAUAACUACAUAGAUACACUUAUUAAGGCAAAUUAUUAUCCAUAUGGUGAAACUUUCUUCAAAUACCCUACAGGGAGGUUUUCUGAUGGUCGUAUAAUUGCUGACUUCAUUGCUCAGUUUGCAAAUUUACCACUCAUUCCACCAUAUCUCCAACCUGGUAAUCAUGAAUUUACUUAUGGGGUCAACUUUGCUUCAGCUGGAGCUGGUGCUUUGUCCGAAACUUAUCAAGGAUUUGUGAUAGAUUUGAAAACUCAGUUAGGUUAUUUCAAGAAAGUGGUAAAGCUGAUGAGAAAGGAACUAGGUGAUGCAGAAGCCACGGUCAUAUUCUCCAAAGCCGUUUACUUAAUUAACAUUGGAGGCAAUGAUUACAUAUCAUUUUUAACCUCAAACUCCACCGUAUUUCAGUCCUCCUCCAAACAAGAAUAUGUUGCAAUGGUGAUGGGCAAUCUAACUGAGACUAUCGAAGAAAUAUAUAAGAAAGGAGGAAGGAAAUUUGGGUUUCUAAACAUGGGGUCAUUGGGAUGUGUCCCAUCCAUGAAAGCACUCGCACCUGGAAAUACAACAGGUUCCUGCUUUGAACAAGUUAAUGAAAUAGCAAAACUGCACGAUGCAGCUCUGCCUAAAGCCCUGGAAGAGUUGGAGACCAAACUAGUACAAGUUAAAUAUUCAAUGCAUUAUUUGAAUAUUUCUUAUAGUAAAAGAAGGAACAAUCCCGAAAAAUAUGGUUUUAAGGAGGCAAAUAUGGCAUGUUGUGGAAGCGGCCCAUACAGAGGAAUGUUUAGCUGUGGGGGGAGGAGGGGUGUGACAAAAUAUGAAUUAUGUUCAGACCCUAAUGACUAUUUGUUCUUCGACUCUGACCAUCUUACUGAAAAGGCAAACAAGCAGAUUGCCCAGCUCAUGUGGAGUGGAACACCCAAUAUCACGGGACCUUACAAUCUGAAAGCAUUGUUUGAAGUAUGAUAUUUGAUUUGAUCCAAUAUCAUCUCAACAAGAUUACUUGUUUGUUGUUUACCUAAAUAAAGCCUUAGCAUGAUUACUUGUUUGUUGUUUACCUAAAUAAAGCCUUAGAAAGAGUGCCAAAAUGCGAAAUUUAGCUACUUGUUUCUUAACAGAGAUUUCAUAAGAUUUAUAAGACAAGACAAAUCUCCUUGGUAUACAA